UGAGGCAGACCUGCAUCACAGUUUAGAGCUGCAGGGAGAAGAGUUGAGCUGGAUAUCUGCAGUUUGCUGAACGACACUCCUCCUAAGAAUUUCAUUGUUUCUCUGAUAAAGCCUCAGAGUAGAUAUGUCUGUCAUCAGUAUCGUUGCCCUCCUCGUUUUCCUGGCUGUCCCUCAAGCAAUCAGCAUCAGUGAACUGAUCCCACGAUGUCAGUGCAUCAUCAACGAGAAGAGGCCCAUUGGACGGCAUGUAGGACAGGUGCAGGUGAUCCAGCCCAACUCCCACUGCCCAAACAUGGAGAUCAUUGCCACCUUAAAAACGGAUGGGAAAAUGAUUUGUCUGGACCCUAACGUUCCCUGGGUUAAAAGAACUCUUCAGAGUCAACGGGCGCAGCAGACUCUUUGAAAUGCAAACCACUGCUUUGACUGACAGAGUGAGAAAAAGCUUUCGAGACCCCAUUUCAUCCCCACUGAGGUUCAAACUGGAACUGCACUUACGGAGCACAAAGAGCUCCUUUUCGCUCAAUGAGGAUCGUUUGACAGCUGGUGUGAGAGUCAAGAGGUUGUGCACAAAUUAUCUACACAAACUUUCCAAUGACCUGAGAGGCUGCUAGAAUGGAUGGCAGGUUAAUACAAACCUAUAGUCUGAACAAUAUGUUACAUAUAACAUGUUACUGUCAACGUUAUUUUCUGUAAGCAUUUACCGUGCAUGUAGCAAAAUGAAUGUUUGAAGAUUUGUUACAAAAAGUGUAUUAAAUGUCCCAAAAAAAUACUCUAA